UUCAUUAUUAUUUUGCAGACUACUGUAUAUGCAGUUAGCGUAUUCUCAUUGUGCCUGCUACCAUACUUUUUCUUCAUAAAACUUUGCCAUUUUCUCUUGAUGUGGCUUAUACUGGGACUCUGCCUCACGGCUUCACUCAUCCACUCAGUUGAAAUGCUGCAGUGUCUUCGUUUUGUGAGUCCAGCCUGUGUGAAUCAAUUUUUAAUGACUACUACUGGUGAAGUUUGUACUGUUAUAAAAGCUGAUGCAAACACUUCAGAUGUUAAUACCACAUGUAUCACAAGGACCUCUUUUCCCAAAGCAUAUUGUUUGGAGCAGCAGAUGGAUAGUUCACCAGUCAUUGCAUCAAUUGGUUUAGGUUUUGCAAAUGUAGCUAUCAGUGUUUUCUGCUGUUCCACUGAUAAAUGUAACAAUGCCACUCUACCUGAACCCAACAAUGCCCCAAAUGGAUUAAAAUGUAUCUCAUGCAACAAUAUGACAGAUAAACAGUGUAAUACUGAAGUGUCAUGUGUGGGAGUCCAGGACCUCUGCCUUGAUCAUACAGCUCCAACAGGUAAUGCAGGAUUGCUCAUUCAGAUGUUUUUCCCUUUCCUUCAACGUGCUAGACUCAAGGGUUGUGUCUCAAGAAAUCUUUGUGGACCUUCAUCCAUCACCAAGUUCAACUGCAUUAGCAAUUUAGGUUACUCAGCUAUCAAAAAUACAGAAUUCAGAUUUCUUCUGAUGAUCUUUAUUACUGCUUUUUUCCUGUAAUUUCAAUUAUUAUUCAUGUAUUCUGGAAUGUUUUGAAAAGGUAUGCAGUCUGUAUUCUUGAAUUUUGCAUAUAAUUAAUUUUUGUAUAAAAAUUUGUGCAUUAUCCAAAUAUCUUUUUUUCUAGGUUUUUGUAAAUAUUAAUGAUCAGCAAGUGUAAAGACAUUACAGUAAUA